CAUCGGCGUAUUUGAUCGAGUGGAUAAAUUAUUAAUUUGUUGAAUCUAAAUUGUUGAAACGAUCCAAACAACGCCGUCAAGAUGAUGCAGUUUAUGCUACUGUUCAGUCGACAAGGGAAGUUAAGAUUACAGAAGUGGUUUGUAGCUCACACUGAUAAAGUCAAAAAGAAGAUCACCAGAGAGCUUGUGACAUUAGUAUUAGGACGAAAACCCAAGAUGUGCAGUUUUCUAGAAUGGAAAGAUCUCAAAGUUGUUUAUAAAAGAUAUGCUAGUUUAUAUUUUUGUUGUGCCAUUGAACCAGAAGAUAAUGAAUUACUAACAUUAGAAAUAAUACAUCGUUAUGUGGAACUUUUAGAUAAAUAUUUUGGAAGUGUAUGUGAAUUAGAUAUCAUCUUUAAUUUUGAGAAAGCCUAUUUUAUGUUAGAUGAAUUCCUAUUAGGAGGUGAAGUACAAGAAACUAGUAAAAAGAAUGUAUUAAAGGCCAUUGCAGCACAAGAUCUUUUACAAGAGGAGGAGACCCCCCAAGGCUUCUUUGAUGAUCAUGGAUUAGGUUAAAGUGGCUGUUCACAGAAACAUUUAGUGCAUUUAGUGAAAUUCAUUAACUACAUGUACUGUGAGAUCAUUUAUUUUUGUGGGCAUCAAAUUUUAUGUUAUUUCUUCAGAAACGUAUUCAGAAGGAUGUUUAUUUGUGGAUCUAAUUUUUUUAACAGAAUCACGUUUUUCCAUAACUUUAAAAUUCUUUUAUUUUUCAUUUUACUACCUUAUUUUCUUAUUAUAAGGCUAAAAUAACAUCCCUCACAGAAAUGUUGUGUUUAUAGUUUACGGGG